AUGGGAUUAAGAAAAAUAAGCAUUUGCGCUAAGAAGAAUUCUUUUUUGCGUAACAACAAGCAAAUUUCUCACUCAAAAGGAGGUACCUGUGUUGAGUGGAAAGAAGAGCAAAAGAGAAACACUAAUACUACUACCGCCUCAGACAGAAGAAUUUCAGAAGGACUUAAGAACAAAAUCAGGGAAGAGACUUUGUUGAGCAAUAAGAUCGGCAUCCAGGGCCAAUGUGAAGAAAGCCCAAAAGCAGCUCUCAAAUAUCCAGGGAAACAUGGCUCACGGAAAAGACUCUCUGGUAUGCUCAAGCAUGGUGUUUUGGGUUUCAUUUCGGGGUUAUCCAGGCUGGAACACAGACGCCAAAUUGUCUUUGACGAGAAGUACGACUUGAAUUGGCAACUAGGCUACAUCCCUGAAAUUGACCUUAACUGUCUUUCUGCCCCUCACCUGGGAGCCGAUGACACCGGCGCUUCAAAAGCCUUGCGCAGUAAGCAUAUCACGUACUCAAAACGCAUGCCAUAUCCAUCUUCCAAGAUGUGUUCCAGCGGUGAUAGUGUUGAAAGUGAUUUUGAAUUGAGAUAUCCAGGAUAUUCCGCAAGCACGGCUGAGGACGAAUCCAUAAUGGAGAAGUUCAAAGGCAUCAGAGUUGUUUAUCUCGGCGACGAGGCACAUCUCGCAAUACUCAACACCGGGCCCGACUCUUCUUCUGAAGAGCAGAAAAAAGGGGCCUACUUGAAAAAAACAGAGAAAGAAGUGCCCUCCAAAGUUGCAGCCGCAAUUCGCCCUACAAUUAGCGAAGUUGGCAAAGAGCACGAAAAGUAUCUUGCAAGAGUACAAGAAUUGAAAACUUUAGGAAUGUUGUCUUCUUGCUCUCAAGAACCAUCGGCGCCACCAAAAUUGGACCAAAGUGAGCCUAUUUUGAGACCAUUUCGCUUGCUGAAAGGGAUUUCGUCUCCAAAGACCAGCCAAAAUACAAAUGCACAGGGACAAGCGCAAAUCCUUCCAGAAGCUCUUGAAGCAACCGCGUCUCAUUCACCUCUAAUUCAGGCUGGAUUGAGGGAGCUCAAGCUAGUGAGGAGACGCGGGAAUCAUGUCUCAAUUCCAGUUUGGCUGAACUUGAUGAGAAAUCGGCAAAUAUACCCCGAAACUUGUCGGCCCAAAUCCAGCGGGCAAGGUCGCUGUGUAUCAGUUCAGGCCCGUUGA